AUGAGUGACAAACUCAACGAAUAUGAGGUCGACAAGAAGAUUGCGGAACAAAUUAUGAAGAUGAAAGACGACUACAUCAAGGAGUUGUCUGCCGAAGUGGAGAGGCUCAAAAUGGCACACGCCAGGAUUAUCCCACCUGCCACCAACACCGAAACGACACCACCAGCUCUCCCAUCCACUUGGACACAAACCAUUCCGCCAACUUCCCCCACAUCCAUCCCAUCCACUUCAUCUGCAUCACCUAAAUUACGGGUUAUACCUCGCAACGAUUGUGGAGGAAGAGCCCAAACUUCACGAGCCUGGCCAUACCAGCCAUCUCAGCCGACUGAGGAGCACUUUGCCAUUUGGUGCCAAAACUUGCGCACAAUGCGUGACGAGAGGGAAGCCCAAGUGGCGGAACAAGUGUACAGCCGUCAGGGAGUUAAAAGCCAAAAGAUUUAUGAAGAAGUCAAAGAAGAACUCAGACUGCAAGGUUUCUGCUGCGGAGAGUAUCAUCCAUAUUCGCUCACUGUGAUUAGUUGUGAAGGAGACGAAGCUUGCGGAAUCAAACCAGAUGAUACAUUCUUCUCGACUACAGUUGACGAAGAGGAAUACUGUUUUUGUCCUGCUCAUUAUAAUCAAGACAAGAAUCAAACAAGUGUGAAGACGAAGGACGGUUACGAAUGUCUGAAGGAAAAUUUUGUGAAAAAAGUGAACAAUGAAGUAGAAAGCGAGAAAAUUGUAGAAUGCGACAAGUGCAAGAAGUUUUGGCACGAAGCAUGCCGGUAUUCCAGUGAAUCUGCUAAUCAAUCGAAUUGCGAUUGCAGUAAUGUGGAGAUUGGCUUCAAGUACAUGCCGCUUACUCAUUUUUCGAAUUAUUUAGAAAACAAAAUUAUGGAUAUCAAAGGAGCCUUUGGAUUACAUGUCCGAGUCAUUCGAAUCAAGAGAGAAACAGUACGGAUUGGGGAACACGCUAUGCGAAAAAUCUAUAAAAGCGCAAAAGGACCAUAUGUUUCGUACACGAAGAAAAAAGUGAUGGUUUUCCAGAAACAAGAUAAGGCUUAUGUAAAUUUUAUGACUUUCACUGUAAAAAAGUUCGAUCACGGCUGGACCGUUUUGAAUUAUUUGGAUUCUGUGCAAUAUUUGGAAACGGAUCCGCUAAACUUGAGAAGUAUGAUCUACAAACAAGUGAUCUACGCUUAUUUUGACUAUGCGAAGUCCAUCGGAUUUCAUUAUGCUCACAUUUGGGCGAAUGCGCCCGAGAAGGACGGAGACUUCUUUUUCAAUGUCCACCCGGAGUCACAGCGGUGGUUGGAGCAGUACUGGUUGCAGAAAUGGUAUUGGGACAUGCUGGUCUCAGGAGCGCUUAGUUUGGAUAUUUGGACGUUUGGUACCGAAAUCGAUUUCUCCAGCGCAGAAACCCUGGAAGAACUUCACCAGUCUCUUAUUUUCUCUAGUUACUGGAUGAGUGUUUUGGAGGAAAUUCUAUCUGAGGAGAGCAACAAGAGGAUAGACGUGAAAAAACUCAAGAAGGUUCUCUCAGAUCGUCAUAAACAGAACGAAGGUUCACUUUUUUAUAUUGAUUUGAUUCGAAAACCUUGGGAGCAAAAGUUGGAGAUUCAUGACCAGGACGAGGAAAUGAAGUGCUCGAUCGCCGAGAGUCGCGAAAAAUGGCUUAACUGCCAAUUUGAAAACAAUCUGCAGUUUGGAACGAAACGACGUGCAAUUCAUGCAUCCACUCGUUUGAUUCAAUUGGUGAAUUUGGAUCGGGAUGAGCGCGAAGUACAAUAUAUUUACGGAUGA